AUGGGGCUUAUGGAGAAAUCUCUGCCUUGGGAACCUCUGCAUUCCAAGGCUUAUAGUACUUUCGGUUAUAAAAACUUGUGUCUGAUAAGUGCCAUUUUUGCAUUCAGUGUCGGGCUUUCAAUUGGGAUUUUGAUACCUCUGAUGUAUUUUAGAAGUCCAGCUGUUCAAGUUCGGAACAGUAGCGUUGCGAAUAACGUUCAUGCCAUACGGACAGUAUUUUUGAACAAUAGUUUCGCAUUUAAGAGUGAAAGUAGUACUCCCGAGUACCCUACCGUGUCUUUUGUGAACAAUCAUGAACAUUCCGAUGAAGAAUUAGUGGAAAAUGGGAUAUAUUGGGGCAAGAACGUAGAAAAAGCCUUACCCGAAGGCUAUCGGGAAGAAAAGCACGAACUGUGGGGUGAUUAUGUGAAGAAAGCUGUCGUCAUCAAAAUGGAGAAUGGCUGUGGACGAAUGCAGAAUCGUCUAGUGACAUUUGCAGAUGGUUUAAAAGGUUGUGUGAGGUAUAGGCAGAACACUGACCAGAUCCAAGGAGAACUCUUUAGUUUCUACCUUGCCAAGAUUCUGGACCUGCCCAAUUUAGCUCCGAGCACAGUCAGCGUUGUAGACCUCAAGCAGCCUUUGUGGCAAAACAUCAGGAACGAGAUUGCGUCAGCCCAGUGGAACUCAAAUCGACCUAUUGUUCUGACUCAAUUCAUUUCUAACCUCAAUGCCGCUAACAUCCCUGCAGUCUUCAAACCUGCCGAAAGGCACUUGAACAAGUUUGACGUGAUGAAUAUUACAAAAAAUAAGAUACUGGAUCCUGACGAUCUUAUCAGAAAUUUUGUCGAGCUAGCUCAGUGGUCAGAUUUGAUCAUUUUUGAUUACUUGACGGCCAACCUUGACAGGAUAGUGAAUAAUCUUUACAACUACCAAUGGAAUGCGAACAUCAUGGACGCCCCGGCACAUAACCUAGCAAAGAAGUCUGACAGCAGCCUACUUGUGUUUUUAGACAACGAGUCUGGACUUUUACAUGGCUAUAGAUUGUUGAAGAAAUACGAGAUCUAUCAUUCUAUUCUUUUGGAGAACUUAUGUAUCUUCAGGAGGCAUACUGCUGACAAGAUCAAGCAACUGAAGGUGCAGGGGAAUAUUGGUUAUCUCUUGAGAGCUCUUUUCGAGAAACAAAAUAGUGAUACAGUGAAAGAUAUUCUACCUACGAUACCGGAUAAGAGUGUCAAGAUUCUCAAUGAACGGAUAGACAAGGUUUACCAGCAAAUUUUAAAAUGCGAGUCGGAAUAUUCGAAUAGCUAG